GCCGCGUGGUAAACUAACCGGCUGCGGCAAGUGACAGCAAUGGAGGGAAAAGUGAGCAGAGGCAGAGGAGGCGUUUGGAGAAGAGGUGGCCGAGGCGGCCACGACGGUGACGGCGGUGGCGGUGACCACCGGGGCAGAGGCCGAGCAGGCCACCACCGUGGCCGGGGCAGAAGAGACCACUACCGCGGUCGUGGACGCGGCGGGGGAGUUGACCAGGCAGCGGAGUUCCAUUACCGGGAUCAAGGUGAUGGAGACAGCGGCGGGGAGGAGGAGGUGAACAGGAGGGAGACUUUCUCCAGGAGGAAGCUGGAGUCAAACUGGGAUCGUUAUCAGGAGUCGGAGAGACAGGAGCCUGAUGAUGACAUGCCCACUCAGAGAGGAACGGAUUACCAUGUCCUGCUCGAGUCGGCAGGAGAUUCCUUCACUCAAUUCCGCUUUGUGGAAGAAAAAGACUGGGAGAUGGACUCAUUUACAGCCGCUCAGAUGUCCACAGUGGUUGUGGAUCUUCCAGCUCUGGCUCAGACUCUGCAGCAGGUUCCUCUUCAUCAGAGACUCAACCUGGAGGCCGAGCUGCUCCAGGUUCUGACUCCAGUAGAUUUGCCCACAGUGAUCCCUGCGCCUAAACACGACACGUCCAAAGCGCCCUCUGUCCCGCCCGCGUCCACGCCGAUAAAAGGCCUCGGCAUCUCCAGCCGUGUGACCGAAGUGUCUACAAACAAAACGCUCAACUCAAACUCGCAGGUUUCCUCAAAAGUUGCUGAGCAGCCAGCGGACGAUGGAGACGAAGAGCUGGACCUGCUGCUCACUUUAGACAAACCACCUGUCAGUGUCACAGACGAGGACACGGGAGUCGCGUGUGAAAACGUGAAGGAGGUGGCAACGGAAGAGAAGAUGGAGGAGGUGAAGGAGAAAGACGUCACACCUCCAAAGUCUGUAGAAGGAAAGAAGGACAUGACCGAGGAGGAUCUGGAGGACUGGCUCGACAGCAUGAUCUCCUGAUCUCCACGAAAGGACUCGAAGAGUGAAAGACGUAUGUGAAGGAAACGUCUGUUCCUUUUUCAAAGGACGUCCAUCAGCAUCCAACCUGCCUUUGGAGCUGAAUGAAUGAGACACAGUCCGUUUGGACGUUCGGUGACGGAACGGAGCGUCUCGAGCACUGCUGAGGACGUGGCACAAUGUUCCCUGCAGCACUUGAACGCGUUCACAUAAAAUAAUUUUCUGUUCCCGCGUGAGAUUGUUGUGAAAGUUACACGCCGCAGGAGAGACGCCAUCAGACGGAGAUCCCUGCUGCUGCAAGGAGCACAGACACGUGUGGUUUAUUGCGUCAGUUACUUUAUUCAUUUCUUCCCCCAUGUUUAAAGAAAUGCAGUUUUACCAAAGCGUCUACAUACAUACAAAUGGCCGAACAGGAGCAGUGAAACCAUCUUGUCGUCAAUAAAUCCCUGAACAAGG